AUGCUCGAUCCGCCGCUGAUCAAGAACGUCCACUUCCCCACGAACUUCGAUACAAUGUCAUAUCUCCUUUCUCAAGUUCUCGAUAAAUUCCCCGAAACCGCUGAACAACGAACCGGAUGGUAUAAUUUCUUAUGGAGUCGAACUCGAGCUGUUCGAAAAGAAGUGACACUUUGGCAUUGGAACUUGUUGAAAGAUGUACGUGGCUGGCUGCAUAUUUUAUUCGGAUAUAUUUUUUGCGAUUUGGAAGUCGACCAUUUUGAUGAGAAAAUGAACAAUGAGAAUUUGGGAAAACUUUGCGGCAUUUGUAUGAAGAUUUUGAGAGACGUGGCAUAA